AUGUUCGGACAGAUCGCCCAAGCUGGAAGCUCAACAUGCAGUAUAUAUAAUGUGUUUCAUGUUAGCCUCCUGCAGCCCGCCAUGAACGACCCAUUCCUGAGCCAGUUGAAUGAUGAUUACCAGCCGCCCCCUAAGCUAGUUAAUGGCGAGGCUGAAUACGCAGUCAAAGAGAUCUUGGAGGAAUGUGAGAAGUAA